UACCUAGCAAGCAGUAUUGCAAUAUUGCUCUCUCUUCCUUACAUUCUGAGAAUCCAAUCACGCACUGAUUCAUUUGCUGUUGUUGUGAUCUGUAUCAUAUCAUGGCUGAAGCACUUGUUGUUGGAGCUUUAGUUUCUGGCUCCAUCAGCCUUGUUCUUAACAGGCUCAUUUCACCUGAGUUUGUCAACUCGUUGGUGAGCAAGAAGCUGGACCGAAAGUUGGUUGAGAGGCUCAAGACUGCUCUCUUGGCUGCAGAAGCUCUGGCCGCUGACGCCGAGCAGAAGCAGUUUGGAAACGAUCGUGUGAGGAAAUGGCUUGAUAGUCUCAGGGAUGCUCUCUACACUGCUGAGGACUUGCUGGACCGUGUCUUCAUCAAAGCUCAAAUUCGCAAAAAGGUAAGCGUUCGCCCUUCUCUACGCCUUAAUUUAUCUGUUAGGAAGAUGGUGACUAAGAUAAACGAGGUGGUUAAAAGAAUAGAAGAUCUUCAGAAACUUAAAGAUAGCCUUAGUCUCAAAGAGAUUCCAACGGGUAGCUCCUCAUGGAAACCUCCAUCCACUUCUCUUGUGAAGGGGAAUGUGUUCGGCAGGGAUGGUGACCAACAGGCACUAAUCAAGAUGAUCAAUGACAACAAUGAUCAUAACUUGUCCGUCAUCUCUAUUGUUGGUAUGGGCGGGGUUGGUAAAACUACUUUAGCACAAUGCCUGUACAACAACAAGGAUUUGAUGGAUGAGGUUGAUCUGAAAGCAUGGAUUUGUGUUUCUGAAAAUUUUGAUGUUGUUGAGACUACAAAGAAUGUUAUAAAGGGGAUCUCUUCGGGUGUUUGUAGUCUUGACAUCAGCUUUGAUUUACUUCAACAACAUUUGAAGGACAAAUUGUCAGAAAAGAAGUUCUUUAUUGUUUUGGACGAUGUUUGGAGUGAAGAUGCUGACAAGUGGAAUAGUUUUAUCAUCCCUUUUCAACAUGGGAGAAAAGGAAGCACUAUUCUUCUAACUACCCGCAUGGUAAAUGUUGGUCCGACCGUCCAAAAUUAUAGCUCGUACUCUCUCGAGGGACUGUCAAAUGAUUAUUGUUGGUCUAUUUUUGCGGGCAAUGCAUCCUUUCCUGAAUCAAAUGGGAGCUCAGAACUGGAAGGAAUAGGUAGAAAGAUUGUGGAGAGGUGUGAUGGCUUGCCGUUAGCUGCAGAAACACUUGGACGCUUGUUGCACUUAGAGCGUCGUGUUGAUGAAUGGAAUAAAAUACUAUCGAGUGACAUUUGGGAAUUUCCUAUGACAGACAGUAAGAUCGUUCCAGCAUUGUUAAUAAGUUACUAUCAUCUGCCUGCUCAUUUAAAACGUUGCUUUGUUUAUUGUUCAUUGUAUCCCAAAGAUUAUCAACUUGAUAAAGAUGAAUUAAUCUUGCUGUGGAUGGCUGAAGAUCUUUUACAACCGCCAAGGAGGGGACAGACUCUAGAGGAAGUUGGUUGUGAGUGUUUUGAGGGCUUGGUUUCAAGACUAUUCUUCAAGCAGGUCGAGAACGAUGACGAGAAGUAUUUUCUGAUGCAUGAUCUCAUGCAUGACUUGGCAACUUUUCUUGCUGGAGAUCUUUAUUGUAAAUUUGGUGAAAAAGAAGCGAUGAGUAUUCUAACUCGUCAUUUGUCAUACAAUCAUUCAAUCCCUGAGAAAACAUGCUCCUCUAGUAAAAUAGAAUCUUUGAGGACAUUAUUGUAUAUCAAUGAUUGGUCUUAUUACGAGAAAGCACCCGCAACGUUACCAUGUGACUUAUUGUCAAAGAAUAAAUACUUGAGAGUUUUGUCAUUUGGUACACCCAAUAUAUUUCCUGAUUCAAUAACUAAAAAAUUGAUCCAAUUGCGCUAUUUGUAUCUUUCUGGGAGCGAUAUUGAGGUAUUGCCGCAGUCAUUAUGCAAUUUGUUUAAUCUGCAAACAUUAAAGCUAAAACAUUGUCGAAAGCUGACUAUGCUGCCCAAUGGCAUGUAUAAGCUUGUGAAUUUGCGGCAUCUUGAUAUAAGGGGUACUCCUCUGAAAGAAAUGCCAAAAGGAAUGGGCCAAUUAGAACAGUUGCACAUUUUAAGCAACUUCGUGGUGGGAAAGCAAGAAGACAAUAGAAUGGAAGAGUUAGGAGGGCUUUUAAAUCUUCAUGGAUCACUUGAGAUUGAGAAAUUGGAGAAUGUGGUUGAUGGCAAUGAGGCAAGGAGUGCAAGGAUAAUAGAUAAGAAGCACAUUGAUGAGUUAUUGUUGGAAUGGUCUUCAAGUGAUGAUAUGGUUUCAAACACACAUACUAAUGAACAAGAUAUACUCCACAACUUGCAACCGGACACUGGCUUGAAGGAGUUGAAAAUCAAGGGCUACAAAGGGAAAAUGUUUCCAGACUGGAUUGGGCAUUCCUUGUACCAAAACAUGACAAGUGUAUCUCUAGAAUAUUGCUGGAAUUGCUGCGUGCUGCCUUCACUUGGACAGCUGCCAUCUCUCAAGUCCCUGAGCAUCAGAAGUUUUGUUCAACUGAGGAGCAUGGGCAAGGAGUUUUACAAGAAUGAAGGCCAUCAACAUUCUUCGCCUAUUGCACCGUUUCCCUCACUGGAGCGUUUGGAGUUUCAUAACAUGGCAUGUUGGGAGGAGUGGCAGUUACCUGACUCAGAAGCCUUUCCUCAGCUUAAGAGCCUUCAAAUAAGAGAUUGUCCAAUGUUAAAGGGUGACAUGCUUAAUCAGGUAUUGAUGAGAAUCGUUUCUUCCUCAUCGGAUGUUUCCAAAGUGCGCCAACUGGAAAUACAAGAAGAUGGUGAAAGAUGGUAUAAAAAGAUGAGACUUGAUGGGGAUAUGUUAUCAAUUAGGGGAUUUGAAUGUGUGGUGGAGUGUGCAUUUAAGGCAAGGAUCAUCCACCAUCUAACUUCCCUCCAAGAAAUACACCUCUCAUCGUGUUCAUCUGUUGUAUCCUUGGGGGGCAAUUGUUUACCCAAAUCUUUGCAAAAGCUCACAAUCUUUUAUUUCCGCCAAAUUGAAUUACUCCAGCAACAACACAAGUAUGAUUUGGUACAUCUACAAAUAUAUAAAAGCUGUGAUUCACUGACCUCAUUGUCGUUGGAUGCCUUUCCCAAACUCAAGAAUCUCGAGAUAAGUGAGUGUAAGAAUCUGGAAUCAGUUUCAAUGUCAGAGUCACCACAUGCUGCUCUUCAAUAUCUCAGGGUCAAAAAUUGCGACAAGUUGGAGGCAUUGCCACAUGGCAUUCCAAAUUUACAGUAUCUUGACAUACAAGGUUGCCCAAACAUUUGUAGGUUGCCAGAGGGAAGUUUUCCGGCUAACCUGAAAGAGCUUAGGGUAGGAGAAUGCGAGGAACAAGUGAGGGGUGUAUCAUGGUUGGGCAACUUGGACAACCUCACUCAUCUUUUCAUUGAUGGUUCUAACUGUGAGAGCAUAAUAAAAUCAUACCCAGAGGUGGGUUGGCUGCCUCGCCUUCCCUCCCUUACCAUUCUUCAGAUAAGCUGGUUUGAUAAUCUGGAGACAUUGAAGUGCAGCGAGCUUCUCCGCCUCACCUCCCUCCAACAACUACAUAUUUCUUACUGUCCAAAGCUGAAGAAUAUGGAAGGAGAAAAGCUGCCUCCCUCUCUCUUAAUACUGCUAAUUGACGACUGUGAUUUGCUGGGCGUACACUGCAAGAACAAGCAUCAACAAAUUUGGUCCAAAAUUUCCCACAUUCCCACCAUUCAAGUCGAUGGCAAGCAAAUUUUCUGAGUAGAGGUUUCUGAGCAGGUAGCUUGUGCACAUAUCGAGAUGUAAUCCUAUACAUUGGCUAUACAUCAUUUAAUUCUAAGUUCAUUUGAGGUGGUAAUUAAGCUGGAUUCAUGUAUUGGGAAACAGAAACUUUGUUUUCUGAUUUUGGCUUCAAGUUAUUGUGGCACUCAUUAUUGAAAAGCUUUGAUUGUUGUUGAUUUCCCAAGGUGAUGAAGGUAUGUAGCUAAGGCGAUCAAGACUCAAAGAAUAUGCUUUCCACAUUUAAAGAUGACAAUCCUGUACCUGAAAUAGUCAUUAGAAGGAGAAGUUAUAGUGAUGCCAUCAGACAACAAUUUCAUUCCUGUCAACUUCACUCAAUGGAAGUACAUAUUCAGGUUUGGUAACCAUAUCUAAAUUAUCUUCAUUCAAUCCAAAGUUCAUCAAAAGAGGUCCUCUGUAAUUUUAGCUUCAGUCACUAUAAAUCUGCAGUUGGGGAGUGGUUCAAUCUUGGAUUGGGCUAAAAUUUUGACAGCAAGUUCUAGAUGUACUUUUUCAUUCUGAAUGGUUGGACGAUUAAGAUAAGAUUUGGAGGGUGAGAUAUGGCUUGCAUGCGCAAAGUAGCUCUGGUUUUGUGAAUUUUUCAUCUUUUUUGUUUUAGUGUUUGGUUGUUUUGACUUAAUCUAAACAUGAUUUGUGCACUUAUUUAGGAUUCUCUUGUAUCCUUACUUGAUUAUAGUGGUACUUCAUUUUUUGUCUGAAUGACCCGUGGUUUUUAUCUCUCACAUUAAGAGAGUUUUCCACGUUAAAAAUUUGGUGUUCUGUCCCUAUUUUUAUUU